GUUAGACUUCCUUCAACCUAUUACCAUUUACCAAGGACAUACCGUUAUACUACAAAUCGUUGGUUCAAGUAUCAAAUGUGAACUUCCGAAAAUACAACACAAAGUCACAAAAGUAACAAAACUAUGGUAAAGUUUAUUUUUAUAUUAGAUAAAUCAAUUUGCACAGUACUUGAAUUCAAAAUCAAGUGAAGGUGAAGUCCAAUUCAAAGUCCACGAUCUUACGCGCUUGUCCUCUCUUCCAUGCUAUAUCCUCUUUGAAGUUUGAUCUCUUCAAUUCUUCCAGACAUCGAUCACCAUCUUACUCCCAUCCAAUUUUCAACGACAUCCAUCGUAGACUUUUCCUUGAACUAUUCUUUAGUAUUCAAUUUUCCCCAUUUGCCAAAUUGCUUUAAAUUCCGUUUCUCCCCCUUUCAGUUUCAAUUCAUUUAGAUAUUAUCUCUUUAGCCGCCACAAUAUCUCCUCUCGCAUCCCCCGAAUCGAAGGUUGUCUCUUCUUGUUCAAGAAUCUCAGGAACAUCGUGUGAUUCUUUCCUAACUAAAACCCUGCAAAAUCUAUAUAACAAGAUCCACCAUGUUUGGGAUCAAGAAACCUCAUUUCCAUAGACCUACCAAACACAACUCAGUUGACCCUGGAUUCCCUGGUCAACAUGCUUCAAACCCAUUCGAUUCCGAUGAUGAAAUUGACAAAAAGUCAACACCAAAUCCUGCAAGGAGAACUUCAUCCGAACCUUCUGUUCUAACCCAAGAUUCCCGAGCUGCUCUUUUUGAUGAUGAUGAUGAUAAAGUUAAAGGAUCAGGAUACAAACUCAGUUAUGCAUCAAGAAACAAGUAUAAGAAUGAUUUUGUUGAUUCUGGUGGAAUUGAGAACCAAGAUGUACAAGAACUAGAACAAUAUGCUGCAUAUAAGGCUGAAGAGACUACAAAAACUGUGCAUAGUGCCUUAAAGAUUGCAGAAAACAUAAGAGAAGAUGCUACUAAAACUAUGAUCACUUUGCAUCAACAGGGUGAGCAGAUUACUCGGACUCACAUGACUGCAGCUGAUAUAGAACAAGAUCUUAGCAGGGGUGAGAAGCUGUUAGGAAGUCUUGGGGGCAUUUUCUCUAGGACAUGGAAACCUAAGAAGGGUCAUGCAAUAAAAGGGCCUGUGAUGACAAGAGAUGAUCCUGCCCUUCGAAAAGGUGCCCAUUUGGAACAAAGAGAAAAACUUGGACUUUCAACCACCCAAACUAAAGGACAAUCACAUUCAAGAACACCACCCUCUGAACCUACAAAUGCAUUGCAGAAAGUUGAGUAUGAGAUAACAAAGCAAGAUGAUGCCCUCUCGGAUUUAAGUAACAUACUUGGGGAACUUAAGGAAAUGGCUGUUGACAUGGGUUCAGAGAUCGAAAGACAAAACAAAGCUCUGGAUCCUCUUCAAGAUGAUGUGGACGAACUUAAUUUCAGAGUUAAAGGUGUUAAUCAACGUGCUCGACAUUUGCUUGGAAAAUAAAUCCAAUACAUUUCUGUUAUUUUGUUACCUUUUUGUAUGAUGUGUUUCAUGUUACAAGGUUUGCACAUGAUUAUUAUGCCCAUUGGAAUUCUUUUACUAGCCAUAUAUUGUUUAUGUAUCUCAUUUAAUGCGUUUUACAUGUUCUAAUUGUUCAAGGAAAAAAUAAACAAAUAAAAUAAGCGUUAGAUAAGGUUAUAUGAUGAGUUUGGUUGAUUAAAACUGAUUAUUUUUUAUUUUAACCUUUAAUAAAUAAGGCAGAAUGUGGUACAUAAUUAGAUAAUCAUAACUAGGAAUAAGG